GCCCUGCCAUCUUAGGAGCCGUGCCACAACGCCUUUGUGCCCGCCGCGCCCGGGCACCCGGGGGGGGCCGGACCCGACGCCCCUCCGGGGGCGCCUCCCCCCGCGGGGCCGCCGCCCCUUUGCCCCGCUCCUCCUCCUCUCCUCCUCCUCCUCCGCGGGGGGCCGAGCGGCGCUCCCAGCCCGGCUGCGGCGGAGGUAAUCCAUGCUGAAGAGGCUCCAUUCAUACAGAUGAACCAAGGGUUGAGGCAGCACUUUAUACCCAGAUAGUCGGUCGGCUCACUGCCCAGCAGGAUGCCAUCAACCAGCAGAGCGGGCAGCCUGAAGGACCCCGAAAUUGCAGAGCUCUUCUUCAAAGAAGAUCCAGAAAAGCUCUUCACAGAUCUCCGAGAGAUUGGCCAUGGAAGCUUUGGAGCAGUUUAUUUUGCACGUGAUGUGCGCACCAACGAGGUGGUGGCCAUCAAGAAGAUGUCAUACAGUGGGAAGCAGUCCAAUGAGAAAUGGCAGGAUAUUAUUAAGGAAGUCAAGUUCCUCCAAAGAAUAAAACACCCUAACAGUAUAGAAUACAAAGGCUGCUAUUUGCGGGAGCAUACGGCAUGGCUUGUUAUGGAAUAUUGUUUAGGAUCAGCAUCAGACUUACUAGAAGUUCAUAAAAAGCCAUUGCAAGAAGUGGAAAUAGCAGCAAUUACCCAUGGUGCUCUCCAGGGAUUAGCAUACUUGCAUUCUCACAAUAUGAUCCAUAGAGAUAUCAAGGCAGGAAACAUCCUGCUGACAGAGCCAGGACAGGUGAAACUUGCUGACUUUGGAUCUGCUUCCAUAGCAUCUCCUGCCAACUCAUUUGUGGGGACGCCAUAUUGGAUGGCCCCAGAAGUGAUUUUAGCCAUGGAUGAAGGGCAGUAUGACGGCAAAGUAGAUGUUUGGUCUCUUGGAAUUACCUGUAUUGAGUUAGCGGAAAGGAAGCCUCCUUUGUUUAACAUGAACGCAAUGAGUGCCUUAUAUCACAUAGCGCAGAAUGAAUCCCCUACACUACAGUCUAAUGAAUGGUCUGACUAUUUCCGAAACUUUGUAGAUUCUUGCCUCCAGAAGAUUCCUCAAGACAGGCCUACAUCAGAGGAGCUUCUCAAGCACAUGUUUGUUCUUCGGGAGCGGCCUGAAACAGUGUUAAUAGACUUGAUUCAGAGAACAAAGGAUGCAGUGAGAGAACUGGACAACCUGCAGUACCGUAAAAUGAAGAAGCUCCUCUUCCAGGAGGCACAUAAUGGCCCUGCAGUUGAAACACAGGAGGAGGAAGAGGAACAAGAUCAUGGUGUUGGCAGGACAGGAACAGUGAACAGUGUCGGAAGUAAUCAGUCCAUUCCUAGUAUGUCUAUCAGUGCCAGUAGCCAAAGCAGUAGUGUUAACAGUCUUCCAGAUGCCUCGGAUGAUAAGAGCGAGCUGGAUAUGAUGGAAGGGGACCACACGGUGAUGUCAAAUAGUUCUGUCAUUCACUUAAAGCCGGAGGAAGAAAACUACAGAGAGGAAUCGGAUCCUCGGACGAGGGCAUCAGAACCCCAGUCUCCUCCCCAAGUAUCCCGCCACAAGUCUCAUUAUCGCAAUCGAGAGCACUUUGCUACCAUACGCACAGCAUCGCUGGUGACAAGGCAAAUGCAGGAGCAUGAACAAGACUCUGAACUCCGAGAGCAGAUGUCUGGCUAUAAACGUAUGAGAAGGCAACACCAGAAGCAGCUGAUGGCAUUAGAGAAUAAACUGAAGGCAGAGAUGGAUGAGCAUCGCCUCAGGUUGGACAAAGAUCUUGAAACUCAGCGUAACAAUUUUGCUGCAGAAAUGGAAAAGCUAAUUAAAAAGCACCAAGCAGCCAUGGAAAAAGAGGCUAAAGUGAUGGCCAACGAAGAAAAGAAGUUUCAGCAGCAUAUUCAGGCCCAACAGAAAAAAGAACUGAACAGUUUCCUGGAGUCUCAGAAGAGAGAAUACAAACUCCGUAAGGAGCAGCUGAAAGAGGAGCUGAAUGAAAACCAGAGCACUCCAAAGAAGGAGAAGCAGGAGUGGCUCUCCAAGCAGAAGGAGAACAUCCAGCAUUUCCAGGCAGAGGAAGAGGCCAACUUGCUGAGGCGCCAGCGGCAGUACCUGGAGCUGGAGUGCCGCCGCUUCAAGAGGAGGAUGCUGCUGGGCCGCCACAACCUGGAGCAGGACCUGGUUCGAGAGGAGUUAAACAAAAGGCAGACCCAGAAGGACCUGGAGCACGCCAUGCUGCUGCGUCAGCACGAGUCCAUGCAGGAGCUGGAGUUCCGCCAUCUCAGCACCAUCCAGAAGAUGCGCUGUGAGCUGAUCCGGCUCCAGCACCAGACCGAGCUGACCAACCAGCUGGAGUACAACAAGCGCCGGGAGCGGGAGCUGAGGCGUAAGCACGUCAUGGAGGUGCGGCAGCAGCCCAAGAGCCUGAAGUCAAAAGAACUACAGAUAAAGAAGCAGUUUCAGGAUACAUGCAAGAUCCAAACCAGACAGUACAAAGCACUGAGAAACCAUCUGCUGGAGACCACGCCAAAGAGUGAACAUAAAGCUGUCCUCAAACGGCUCAAGGAGGAGCAGACCCGGAAGCUGGCUAUCCUGGCUGAGCAGUACGAUCACAGCAUUAAUGAAAUGCUCUCUACACAAGCUCUGCGUUUGGAUGAAGCACAGGAAGCAGAGUGCCAGGUUUUGAAGAUGCAGCUGCAGCAAGAAUUGGAGCUGCUGAAUGCAUAUCAGAGUAAAAUCAAGAUGCAGGCAGAAGCCCAGCAUGACCGGGAGCUGCGUGAUCUUGAACAGAGGGUAUCCCUCCGUCGGGCCCUCCUUGAGCAGAAGAUUGAGGAGGAGAUGCUGGCGUUGCAGAACGAGCGUACCGAACGGAUACGAAGCCUGCUGGAGCGUCAAGCUCGCGAGAUCGAAGCCUUUGACUCAGAAAGCAUGAGGCUAGGUUUUAGUAAUAUGGUUCUUUCUAAUCUCUCCCCCGAGGCGUUCAGCCACAGCUACCCGGGAGCUUCUGGCUGGUCCCACAAUCCUACUGGGGGUGCAGGACCUCACUGGGGUCAUCCCAUGGGUGGCCCACCGCAAGCUUGGGGCCAUCCAAUGCAAGGUGGACCCCAGCCAUGGGGUCACCCCUCGGGGCCCAUGCAGGGGGUACCUCGAGGUAGUGCGAUAGGGGUCCGCAACAGCCCCCAGGCUCUGAGGCGGACAGCUUCUGGGGGACGGACGGAACAGGGCAUGAGCAGGAGCACAAGUGUUACUUCACAAAUAUCCAAUGGUUCACACAUGUCUUAUACAUAACUUAAACAAUAACUGAGGGUGGCAAUUCCACUGGAGCUGUCUGCCAACAGAAACUGCCUACAGACACCAGCCCAGCAGCCUCCUCAGUGCGGUGCUGACGUGUGGAAGCUGGGUGCACAUGGAAUAUUGUAUUCAUUUUGUAAAGCAUUACGUUUUGUGUUUACUAACUGGGAUGUCAUAGUAUUUGGCUGCAGGGUUUGGGGGGGGGGGGGUGGUUUUUUGUUGUUGGAUUUUUUUUUUUGUUGUUUUUUUUGUUUGUUUGUUUGUUGGUUUUGUUUUUGUUUUACUUUUUGGAGGGGUCUCGGGAGGGCGUCUGAGAAAUAUAUGCAAUUAGUCAGAAGAGUUGGCUGGUGGUCAUCACGCUGACAGGACAGAAGGGCCUCAGGCUGCCCACGUCACACCAUCCGUAGGAAGUCUGAGGGAGAACAGAGACCUCCUCCCAUGUCCAUAAAUUUCCAACUCCCACCCUGCAAAAACCAGGCAAGCUGCCUUUUAAACCAACAUCCAGGGGAGGAACAGCUGGAUCUUCUGUUCCGUUUUUAUUUGUCAUUAAAGUGGAAACAUUUCUAGGGUAUUGCCUCUGCCAGGAGGCGUUUUCAAAGACUUGUAGGUGAGGAAGAAGGGUCAGAAGAGAGGCCAGGAGACAUCGGGGCUCAGCAGGGCCCUUCUACCCAAGUGCCGGCUCCGUGUUGUGUCAGAAGUGAAGUUCUCUCAGAAGGCACUGGUCAGCUUCCUGAGAACUCUGUAGGUAAACCUGUUUGGAGGGAACAGGCUAGAAAUGUUAGAAGUUGUAUUCCUGCUUUAGCACUCCCUGACUGUGCUGCUGGUAGCUCAGGCGAGGUUGGGCAGAGGAGUGUAAGUAAUGCACUUGUACAGCUAAUACUGUGACAUCUCAUCUUAGCUAAGCAUCAGAAUAAUUCUUGGAGCCCAGCGUAGUCCUUUUUGCUCCAUUCAGAAAUGUUAGAUUUUCAGCCAAUCAGUCUCAAAUGCCAGAGGUGUUUUGAAGGAUGCCAUAGUCACAAAAUGCCAUUGAUCGGGUUUUUCAUUGUUACACUACAUCCACCAAUUUAUUACCUUUUUGGCUUGUUGCAAUUUCCUGUUUACAUGUAGAGUGUAGCCAACUGUUGAAAUGUUUAGUUGCCACAGUGUACCAGGAGGAGCUGAGCCAAUGACUCUUCCCAGCUGAUGACUAACCCACAUCACCACUGUAGAUCUUGCUGCAUGUGAGGCUCCUUUUUAUUAUUUUUGUUGCUGCAAUACUUUACAACUCUUACAGUCCCUUGAGAUGCUGUGAUCGUUUGGCAGCAUAUCACGCCAUGCAAGAAGGCACUACUUCCAGAGGCUCGUUGGAGCUGCUGUACUACUGAAAGGAAGCAAAGGAGGUCGUGGAAUCAAUACAGUGAUAAAAGGUCAGGGAGUCUAAUGAAGCGAGGGACUUUGUGGCACAGUGUCAUCCCUUAGUGCUGGGAACUGGAGAUGCUGCCGUGCUCUUGUGUCAGUGCCCGAGCAGGCUGGGGCAGCCAGCACUGUGGGGUUAGGAGGAGUGCAGGUUUGGCUCGAGGCAAAGCUUUCUGUCUUGGGGACUGACUAGCCAGGGUUCUUUGUAAAUGUUUUUCCUUGCACACUAAUCAUCUUGAAGAAAACACUAGCUGCUAACUCUAGGAUUUGCCUUUAAUAUGUUUAUAGGGCUCAAAAGCAAGGUUUUCCGAAUGUGUUUGUCCACGUGACAUAUUUAUAUAGUAAAUACUCCAUGUCUCACUGCUGUUCAGUACUCAGCAGGGCGGCGUUCCUUCGUUAGCUAAAUUAACGUCUGCUCCCAACCCUGAACACUCCGCCUGCGUCCAGUGAAUCCCACUGGGGCUUUUAGCAUCUUGACGUAGCAUAUCACUCAGAUGGAACACCCAAACUGCCACAAGAUGUUUGGGCAGCCCCGUAGUGAGGAGCCUUGUAGUCCAAACAGUUCACAGGAGUGGUCCCAAGGCAGUGGCCGUUGCCCCCUGUGGGCAUUGGUGACUAUGAAUUGUCCUCUCCCUUCCUCUGCUGUUUACUGUGGAGUUGGAUGUUUUGGGGUCACUCUUUUGCAUUGCAAUAUUGAUUAAGAAAAAAUAGAAUGCAGCAAAACGAGUUUAGGUUUAGAAAGAAGGGAGAAGAGGGAAAAAAACAAAACCAACCAAAAAGAAUGGAGAGGCCAACUCCCCCCCCCAAAAAAAAAACUAUAUUGGCGUUUACCAUGUGAGUGUGGAGUGUGUGUCCAGAGCAUGGUGCUAACACGAGGGCGUGAAGCUCAGCUCCUCUAUCGCCAGCAGCAGCAGUGGGACAGGCUGUGCCCGCAGGUUCGUUCUUUUGCUUCUGUUAUGGUUUGAAUUUGGUCGAGUCUCUGGCUUAAAUUGAGCUACUUCCACAGAAUUCUCUCAACCCAUCUCUUUGUGUAAUGUCGAGCAUGACUGAAUGCUGAAUCCAAAUGAUGGCUAUCCCGUAUUGGCUUUUUUUUGUAUUCAAAAAGAAUUGUGUAGUAACCAUUUUUACAUGUAUAUCAUGUGCAGACCUGGACUAUUCCAACAAGUUAAUAUUUUAAUUAAAAUAGUUUGCAAAAACUGAUUCAGAUCAACUGGUCUAAAUGUGUGUGUCCCUGUGUGUGCCUGGGGGAAGGAGGCUGCCCUAAGAAGCCUGAGCUUGAAGGGAAAACAGUGUUGUGCAGCAUGGCCAGAGGGACUCAGGUUGUGCACUGGAGGUGUGUGAGAUGCAUGAACAGCUCAGAAAUCCGCUAAAGAGACGCAAACAAUUUCUGAAUCAGUUUGCAAACUCUGUUUUUAAACUUAAGAACAGUGAUUCCAGAUGGCACUUGUUGCAGCCGUGCCCUAACCUUGGCUUAUGGAAUACUGUAUGUUGUAGGAACUGCUCCAGUACCUCAGCAAAGAUGUUCUGUUACGUCUUUUACUCUUGUGUUUAACACUGGGGAAACUCUGCUGCGUGGACUGCUUUGCAGAUGUUCUUGCAGUAUUCUCCAAGCAGCAGCUUGGUACCUGAAAUCUGUUAUUUGGUGGUUGUUUUCUUUUCCCCUUUGCAAAGACCUGAAGUUCUGAUGUAGUUUAGCUCAGAGAUGGAAAACAAAACAAAAAUGCAAGCAGAGGAGCCAGCGAUUUCACCUCUUCAUCCAAUCUGAAAUUGUUUGGUUUUCUUUAAUUAAAAUCAGUGCAAGGCUCCCAGGGAGGCAGCAGCCACCUCUCCCAUCCAUAUCGUGUGCUCCGUGCUUCUUCCUGGGGUGCAGUGCUGAAGUGGCACAGCUCCAUUUUGCCUGCACCCCAUCCUCCCAGCCCGUGGGCUUCAGAGGGGUUGAAGAGAUCCGUGUGGUAUGAUAGCAGGCUUCCCACAGACGCUCCCUGCAGCCAUCCCUUGUCUGGCUCGGGGACAGGCUGGCACUGCUCUGCUCCCCAUGCAGCCCUCGUGCUUUAGAAGAGCGUGCACUGCCCGUGAGCUGUAGCCUGCACAGUGUGCACCACCAUAGGCCCUGGAACGAUGCUGUUAUGGUCCCCAGGGGCAGGGCUGGUUGCACUGCCAGCUGCCCUGCCCCGCUCACCCUCUUCAUGUGCCAUUUCUUGAGAGGCAAUAAAUUGUAUUGUACCACUGUCUACCAUUACUCCUUUCAAUACGCACAUCUCUGGAUAUAUAUAUAUAUGGUAUCUCCUUUGUAUAUAUUUCUAUACUCUGUGUGUGUGGGUGUGCAGGCACCCACGUCCCGCUGUGCAGUUCUGCCAGGGCACUUCAGUUCUGCUGUUCUGUAGCACUCUCUGCUCGUGGGCUGUGCGGGGCUCUCUGAGGACGAGGGCACGACGCGUGCUGGGGCUGGGCACAGCCAGAAGCCCUUCCUUAACAGUGCCCUGUUCAUCAUUGCUUUCGUUUUGCAGGGAGCAGGAGGGCAGGAUAGCUGCUAGCAGUGUGCUGGAAAGCUCCCGGAGGGUACUGGCAAGUCGGAAGGCUGCAGAGAAGAAAACAAGGUGAUGUAGUGGUAGGGAAGCACGGAGCUGCUGAGGGGCAGUGAGCAGCAGGUGGCCGUGUGGACUCAGCUGGGUCCCAUGGGCUCAGCUUGGUCCCAGCAGCAUCACCGUGGGCUCCAACCUUUGAUGCUCCCAAGUUAAAGCUGCCACUGGCUCCUAGCACUGCGGUUUGUGGCUAGAGCAGGUUUGUGGAGGAUGGCAAGAGAAGUGACAUUGGAUGAUUUAACGUAUGUGUGCGUGGACAUGCGCAUACGUAUAGAUACAGUUUUGGUGCAUUCCUUAUUCUGCUUUGGCACGUGUGCUUUGUUACUCAAGUCCCGUGAGCAGAGGAUGGCCUUGUUCUCCCCUGGGUGCCAUGCUGGAUGGAUGGCCGCCCUCAAGCUGUGAAGCCCUCUUGUCCUGACCUCCUCCUCGGUCCUCUGAGACCCCAACAUCUUAGUGAGACAUCAGGCAGAUGGGGUUAAAAAUGGUUCAUUUGUGCAUCGGGUCGCAGCCGUUCAUCCCGCCGUGUGUCCCCCACAGCCCCGAGGCUCGGCCAGCUUAGCAGCAUGCCAAACACGGGUCUUCAUGUGCUGCUGGAGAGUUCUGAGGCGAUUUCCCUCUGUCCCUGUUGGAAGGUCUCUUGCAGGGCUUUAGGAGAGGUCUGGGUCGGGCUGUGCCAUCCUUGCCCAUGGGCAGCACACGCGGGGCCGCCGUGGCCGCGUCGCUCUGCUGUGGUUGUGUCAGUUUGCACUUUUAUGAGGCCGUUGUGCCGGGCUCUGGUGUGAGAUGUGCGCGUUGUGGGGAGCUGAUGACGGCCGAAAGAAAAAAAAGCCAGUGGAGCCAGUGGUUGUGGCGAAUGUCACCCUGCUGCAGCAAGGUGGCCCCAAUCCCAUUGCACAACGGCUGUGCGACGGGGAGGAAGGCCUUGUCAGCUGGAGAGGGACUUAGCAAAGCAGAUUUGCGGCCAACAAGCACCUUAACCACUGAGCUGCGGGGCUCUGACCAUUGCACUUCACCUGCAGGCUCCUCGGGGCGGGGGACGGCCCUUUGCUUUGGGACCAUCGUGCUGCAGCUCUGCGGUGCCCUCGGAGCGCUGUGUCCCAGCACGGCCCCGUCCCUCCCUGCUUCCUUCCCUCGAGUGCACGCACUGAGCCCGGCCCCGCUCCCCACCCCUGAGUACGGGUACCUCAGAACAUGCACAGUUUGAAUUUUCACUGACAAUUAGUUGAAUUGAUUGUGAGUGAAAAAAAAAGAAAAAAAAAAAAAA